AUGCCUCCCAGUGGCACCUCCUUCACAGCAUUGAACUUGCCUGCAGAUUUUACGCUCCCGCAAUGCAUGGAAUAUUUUACCCUGACAGCAGGGCCAAACACCGACCUCUGGCGAAAACCGCCCAACGGAGACACCGCGACAGCCCCUAUCGUGUUCACCUCAUUACGAAAUCCAUUCCUACUCGCCGAAGUUACAGUCACAGCGGACUUUGAAAUGGAAUGGGAUCAGGGAGGACUGGUCAUUUUCGCCGGAGCGGUGCCCCAGUCCAGCUCCUCAGAUACGGUGCCCUUGGUGCGAUCACGCCGUUUCGGGAGCAACCGCCCGAAUACGCAGUCCUGCAAGUGGGUCAAGGCAGGUAUAGAGUUUGGAUCUGGCACAGUCAACGUUUCAUCUGUCAGCGCAACGGCAGACGGAGCUGACUGGUCUCUCUCGCCACUGAGCAUACCGAACCGGAGACCGCAAGACAUACAUUCUGUGCGCCUAAAGCUCGAACGCGUCGGUCAUUCGCUCUGGCUCUGGUACCAGGUCCCAUCGCUGUCGCCGUAUGCGAUGACGCCGGCAGAGGCGGGAAGCAGGUGGAAGAAGAUGCGUGAGGUCAGCUCGUUCUUCUACGGCGUUGAAGACAAAUCCAUUCACGUCGGAGUAUACGCAAGUCGGCCGACGGAUAUCCCGCGCAGCAGCACCGUUUGGGAUAGGACGCAUCGGACAGGGUCGAGCUCCAGCGCGCCUGCAAUCGGCGACCACUUGAUCGUUGAGUUUGAAGACUUGGAGAUUUUGUGA